AUGGCGGCGAGAGCCACAGCGGCGAGCCGGGACUCUACUGGCGUCAACCUUCUAGUCGAAGAUGCUGACGGUAUGCAAACAGUCGUCCGUGCGAAGCAGCUGCUCAUAACGUUCCCUCCCAUCCUCCCCAAUCUCGACGGCUUCAAUCUGGAUGAGGACGAGCGGUCUGUCUUUUCGAAACUAAAACACAACAGUUUCUACGGUGGCCUCGUCGUCGCAAACACAAGUAUCCCAGACGGCAUUAACCUGGUCAACCUCAAUCCAAACAACCAACCUGGAAGCCUCCCCCUUCCGCCGUUUCUGUACGCGCUCGACUAUACCGGAAUUUCGGGCUACCACAGGACUCGGAUUACCGGUGUCGCGCACUUUACCGAGAUGGACGCGAGAAGGUUGCUGCUGGGAGAUCUCAGACGGAUGGAAGAGGCAGGCACAUUCCCCGGUGCGCAGGAGCCGACCAUUGUGGCUCUUGCAAACCACACACCGAGUAGUCUUCACGUUUCGAAUGAGGAUGUCAGAAGCGGGUUUUAUAAGAAGCUGUACGCACUGCAGGGACACAGGAGCACUUACUACACUGGAUACACGUUCUGCACGGAUUACUCGCCUCAGCUCUGGAACUACACUCUCAGCAUUGUUGACUUGAUGGACUCGAAAAGACGGCCGUAG